UCCAGAAAAGAGUAGAGUAUUUGUAUGUGAAUUAAUGUAAUUCGUUUCAUCGUUUGUAUAAAAAGCGAAGUCUCUGCCCCUUCCGUCAUCGUCGCCGAUUUGCUACUCCCGUCUGUUCAUCUCCGAGAAAUUUGGAGAGAAGGAAGAUGAGUAACACACCAGCAACGCCGGCGUCUUCGUCGAAAUCUAAAGCUACAGGCAAUUCGCAACCGCCGGAAAAACGCAAACCCUUAUUUCAAAAAGAAUUGCAGCAUAUGAUGUAUGGGUUCGGUGAUGAGCCAAACCCGCUUCCAGAGACUGUGGCGCUUGUAGAAGACAUUGUUGUGGAAUACGUCACUGAUUUGACACAUAAGGCUCAAGAGAUAGGCACAAAGCGAGGAAGGCUACUAGUUGAUGACUUCUUGUAUCUAAUCCGCAAGGAUUUGCCAAAACUUAACCGUUGUAGGGAACUCUUGGCAAUGCAAGAAGAGCUGAAACAAGCCCGUAAAGCUUUUGAUGUUGACGAAGAGAAGAUCACUUCUCUCGAUUGAUUAAUAGUCUCUUUUUUUAUGUGUGAUAAACCUUCUGAAAGUUAGUCAGUGACCUUUUGAAAUCAAGACUGUAACUCAAUGUAACAGCGAACUUAUGUGCUCUGUUUUAUUGUGUUUUGUGGGUUGCAGAAACUAAAAGACUA